UAGGUUUUGUAAAAUAAGUCGACUUUUCCUCCCGUCGAUGUCCGUCCAUCACACAAUGGAAGAAUUCAAAAGUAUUCGGCCUCGUUUUCCCCGGAGAACGCUAUGUUAAUGAGCUCCUGUCGUUCUUCACCGGCUCCGCCUUCCGUGACCGCCGCCUCGGAGGGGGAGAAAGCGUCCGUCGCCAUAAAAGGAAAAUACUCACGCAUGCGCGCUGGUAGGAGUUUUGUUUGAAGUGAAGUGGCUGCUUGGAAGUGCUCGCCAAAUCAAUCCGGUCCCAUUAUUUCCUUGCACUUCCUCGCCUCGAUGCAUCGCGGAGACCAUGUUAGGCCACCACUAUCCCAACGUUGACAAGUCGCAACAACUGGCAAACUACGUGGAAGAUUAUCUGGAAUGCGUGGAGUCCCUGCCUUUGGACAUACAAAGAAAUGUUUCUGUGCUCCGGGAAAUCGACGCCAAGUACCAAGAAGUGCUGAAAGAGGUGGACGAAGUCUUCGAGAAGUACAAGGCGGAGCAGGACGGGGGCCAGCGAAAGCGCCUGCAGGUCCAGCUGCAACGGGCGCUCAUCGUCAGCCAGGAGCUGGGCGACGAGAAGAUUCACGUGGUGACCCAGAUGACAGAGUUGGUGGAGAACCGCUCGCGCCAGAUGGACUCUCAUUCCCUGUGCCUCCAAGAACCCCGCGAGCCCGAAAGGCCGGCGACGGAGCGCCGCGCUAAUGUCCAGGAGCCGCCCGCCGGCGCCUCCGCCGGCGCGGCGGCGACGGCCGCCGGUGCUGACCGCGCCUCGGCCCGUCGCCCGCGACGCCAGCGCAACAGCGAGAGCCGAGACUCCGGCCACCCGUCGGCCAACGGUUCGGCGGCGGACGACGCCGCGGACGAGCCGCCCGUCCCGCUUCCCAGAGAGAAGUCCAAGUCUAAGUCCACCAAGAAAAAGAAGCGCAAGUCCAAGCAGGAGCGAGACGCUUCGCCGGUGGACUUUGCCAUCGACCCCAACGAGCCCACCUACUGUUUGUGCGAGCAGGUGUCUUACGGCGAAAUGAUCGGUUGCGACAACGACCAGUGCCCCAUCGAGUGGUUCCACUUCUCCUGCGUGGGUCUGACCUACAAACCCAAGGGCAAGUGGUACUGUCCCAAAUGCAGGGGGGACAACGAAAAGACCAUGGACAAAAGUCUGGACAAGAACAGAAAAGACCGCCGUUCCAGGUAGUGAGCCACCUGCCGAUGGGUCGAUAAGAGCACAAUCCGUCGAAAGCCGCUUGCAGCGCUGUCACACGUUCAUCUUGUUUUAGUGAGAACUUUAUUUUUGAUGUAUCAAAAAAGCAAAUAAAUACAAGUAAAGCA